AUGCUUGCCCGCCCCAUGCUGCUUGUCCUGGGCUGCUCAGACUGGGUGGAGAUCAUUGAGCCUCGCUCCCAGGAGCGGAUGUACGUCAACCUGACCACCGGUGAGUGCGGAUGGGAGCCCCCUCCCAACCUGAAGGUACGCCAGUCGGACCAGAAGCAGUGGUGGGAGCUCUUCGACCAGAAUAACAACCGUUUCUAUUACUACAAUGCUAUCACACGGCAGACGGUGUGGCACCGGCCCCAGGGCUGCGACAUUGUGCCCUUGGCGCAGCUCCAGGCUAUGAAGCGAAGCUCCCAGCCCGACUGCCAGGGCCGGCAGCACCAGGGCAGCACUGGCAGCGAUGGCAGAAGCACCCCUAUCCAAAUGACCGUUCUGCAGGAGAUGAAGGGCAAGGGGGACUGCUCUGCAGAGAAGAAGAAAGACCCUGGCAGGGAGACUCCUACCCACUGGCAGCCUCUGCCAGGCACGAAAGCAGCCAUGUUGGUCAAAGUGAACAGUCUGAGGCAGAUACAGAGCUCUUCAAACAGUUCACUUCAGCUGCAGAGUGCUCCAGAGGCCAAUGACCAGAAAUCUCUUCCAAAACCAGCCAUAUAUGCUCAGCCUCAAUCCAUGUCCCAGAGCCCUGGAGCGAUAAAGCAAAUGCCUACAGGAGAAACAAAGCAGUCUAUGCAGAUCAAAAAGACAGAGAAUGGUGGGUUUUGCCUAGUCCUGAUGAAUGGUCCAACUUCUCAAACACCUUCAAGGAGCCAGACAGGAACCCCCCAGCCUGCAUCUCCCAAGUAUGCCUCCCCUGCACCUAUAUAUGAUGAGCCAUCUCUGGAGUCUCCAAUUUAUGAUGAGCCACCAGUAGAUAUGGACACUGAAAGUGUCAGUAUGAGUGGGAUGUCACCACCAAGGUCACCAAGCAAUAGCUUAAAAAAGCAGCUGCAGCCAACAAAAUUAUUACAGCAUCCAGGUAUGCAGCAGCAGCAAACUGGAAAGAAGUAUGCAAGAAAUCCCUCUUCCACUGAAUACAGCCCAGCUGGCAGAGAAUAUAUAAAACACAUGGUCAAUGUUGACCAGUUUUCCAAACUCUCCCACUCUUCUGCCACAACAGCUGAUGCCUCUACUAAACUGCCUGGUCAGCUUACUUCAAAGGACAGUUUCAAGCAGUCCUGGAGGAUCUUGGAAGCCAACGUCCUCAAGAACAUGGAAGCCCACCACAGUCGACAGAACAGCCUGCAAACUCAGGAGUACCCAACUGGUAUAAGCCAUCAGGAUUCUGGUUAUUCAACUGGCCCUUCUCCAAGCUUGAGAAAAAGGAAAGGAAGGAGGCAAGGAACAGCUCAAGGAAGACCUGGCUCUGUAGGCAGCAGCAGCGAGCUCACGGCUUUGAAUGAUAAGCUCAUCGCUGAGAUGCGUGCUGUGGUGGGCAGGUCAGCAGCCUGCAGGGGAAGCAAAGCCAGCCUUGAUGCUGAAAGUCUGGAGAGUGGCAUCCCAGCAGAGAGCAGCAAAGUCAGGUUUCAGUCUGACCACUUGAAAAAAUGCAUCAGCCAGAGCUCAAGGGAUGACAUCUCAGCUAGUAAUAGGUCCCUGUGUAGACAGGGCCUGGAGAGCAGGGGCAGCUUUCUCAAUGAUGUGGCUGCUCCACAGGACACAGUAAGGCAGAAGAGGACUUUUGAGAAAAUAGAUUCUCUAGAAAAGAAUGUGACCAGCCAGACAAGUUUGGCUUUGUCAGAUGCUACACGCCACUCCUCCCAGCCUGGGACAAUAGAGCCGGACCCCAAGCAGGAGAGCAGUGGCCAGUCUGGCAGCUGUGUAGGGUAUCACUUCCCUUACAAUACUCUACGGAAGCCCAUCUCUCAGAGCAGCAUGGCAGACUGGGCUUCUAAAAACCUGAACAUGCACACGCAGGGCAUCUUCCGCCGAAGGAUCUCCAUCUCCAACAUGCUGUCCUGGAAUGGCGGCUCUAUCAAAAAGCCAAUGCUCAUCACUAGCAACCGCACCAUCAAAAAAGAGGCGUGUGAGAUGUUCAAACUGGUGCAGAGCUACAUGGGAGAUCGUCAGACUCGCAUGGACCAGAAUCACGUGGCGCUGGUCACGGUCACCAAGUGCUGGAGCAUGCAAGGUUUACGGGAUGAGCUCUAUAUACAGCUGAUUCGGCAGACCACAGAUAAUACGUGCUACAGAAGUCUGGCAUGGGGCUGGGAACUGAUGGCCAUCAGUCUGGCCUUUUUCUCCCCAUCACCCAAAUUUCAGUCUUAUCUGGAAGGUUACAUUUAUCGCCACCUUGACAGUGAUGAAAACAUUGCCCAGCGCAUCAAGGAGCUUGUGGAUCUGAAAAACAAGAAGAACUCAAAAUCCAGGAAAAAGAGGAAACAAAACACCGAGGAUGAAGGUCUGCCCAUCAGCACCUACGCCAAAUACUGCUACCGGAAGCUACGGAAAGUAGCUGUCACUGGAGGCAAAAAGGGCCUCCGUAAACCAACAGUGGAAGAGAUAACACAUGCCAGGAAUGCCAUUGUGACGCCAUCGCUCUUCGGCAGCUCUCUGGAAGAAAUCAUGCUGCGGCAGCAGGACAUGUACCCGGGUAACAAGCUGCCCUGGGUGCAGACGCAGCUAUCGCAGCAGGUCCUGGCUCUGGGAGGAGAACAGACGGAGGGGAUUUUCAGGAUACCUGGUGACAUUGAUGAAGUCAAUGCAUUGAAGUUGCAGGUGGAUCAGUGGAGAAUCCCAAGCAGCCUCAGUGACCCCAACAUCCCAGCCUCUCUUCUCAAGCUCUGGUAUCGGGAACUGGAGGAGCCCGUGAUCCCCCAGCAGUUCUACAAGGAGUGUAUCAGCAACUAUGAGAACCCUGAUGCUGCUGUGGCCGUAGUGCAGCUUUUGCCAGAGCUCAACAGACUGGUGCUGUGUUACCUCAUACACUUCCUGCAGAUCUUUGCUCAGCCAUCAAAUGUGGGCAGGACCAAGAUGGAUGUGAACAACCUGGCUAUGGUGAUGGCUCCCAACUGCCUGCGCUGCCAAUCUGAUGACCCUCGCAUUAUCUUUGAGAACACGCGCAAAGAAAUGUCCUUUCUUCGCAUGCUGAUAGUGCACUUGGACACAAGCUUCAUCAAAGGGCUGGUCUGAGCCACUGGGGUCCGAAACAUUGCUCUGAGGAGUCGCUGGGUGCCCAAAGUCUUCUCCCCUCUACUUAGGUUUCUUCUAUUGUCCUUGCUGUUGUCACAUCCUUGGUUAGCCCCUGAGCAUCUCCUGGUAUAUGACCUCAAGGACAAGAAUAUUUGACAAGACACUCCUGAAAGACUCUGGCAGUUCAGCACCAGGAAGUCCUUGGACAUGCCAGGCCAGAUUCAGUGGUUCAUGGCCUUCCAGUCUGUGUCAGAGGUGGGCAGGCCUCCUCCUUGGAGCUGCAGGACUGGUUGCUCAUUUAAAGGGCUGUGACAUCUGUGAGAAAUUGCUGCCUGGGGCAGUGAGACUGUCUCCCUUCUGGAGGCAGAGCUGGCUUCAGGUAGCAUGGUAUCACUCCCUUGUAGUGGCAUGAUCUGGUCCUGGGGGAGAUGCUGCCUCACUGGGGAUAAUCCCACUGCCGUGGAGCCAGCCUGGUUCACCUCUGCAGGCUGUUGGAGGUGUGAGUGCUGUUCUGACACCCCACGAUGCUGUUGGUAGAGGGAUGUAAAGGUGCCGGGGGUUCACUGAGGCAGAGCGGUUCCUUGGACUGCCCUGGUCAGCGGAAGCACGUUGCAGCCCAGGGAGAGGAGGCGUUUGAGCCUCUGCUGCUGGUGGGUGGAGAGGCUGACAGCCCACAGCUGGGAGCCCUGGCAGGCCGGAUCCACACAGCAUCCACCUCGCCUCCUUUAGGCAGCUGCAGAGCUGCACAGCAGCAUGCGGCCAGCAUAUGGGACCAGCCCUGUGCUGAGCUAAACCAGCAUCCACGUGUGGGGGCUGGGGACAGAGGAAGGCCUCACACCUGGCAACAAACAGAUAAACAACCUCUGACAUCCUCCUAACGAGGGCCAUAUCCUCUGCAGGGGUAAUCCCAGCAGCCUUGCAGCCCCUUUCUGCUACAGGCAGCGUGAGCCAACACCAGCUUUCAUGAAGAGCAUCUGAGACUGUGCUCAGAGCAGCCUCCACGGCUCCAGCCUGGUACCACAUCCUUCUCAGACCCCUCUGCUGAGGACCCAGUACCUGUUUUACCCACCUUCCUAGUUAACCCCGGGUCUAAAGAAAGCUGAGAAGGCACCCAACAGUAAGUGCUCCUGUACCCGGAUGUGCCCUUCCAGGCAGAGCAGCAGCAUUGCUGUGUACUUGUGGAAUGCUGAUACUGUCUGGACUCAGCAGUGGCACCUGUGCUCUGCCCACCAAAUUUCCAUGGGAGCUGCAGAGAGCAAGGGAAGAGGCAGGUCUGAGUGGCUGAGGUGUGGUGGAGCCUGUGCAGGGGUGGUGUCAGGCAGGCAGCAGAGUGUUCUUGCUUCUGCUGUUAAACCCCUGUGGCUUUGUGUGCCACUAGAAGUGAGGCACAGCAAGGACAGUGUCUUUCAGAGACAGCACAUGGAUUUCUGCUCCCCCCGCCCCCGGCUCCCCUGCAGCUUCCAGAUGCUGUUGCAUGUUCCUUAGUAAGUAGCAGUUUCUAAUUCUGUGGCAUCUUCGUGUUACUCUUCUACUCCUUUGAAGUGUUUUCCCUGCUGGAGGCAGGUCUGUGGCAGAAAGCUGUGUGUUGGGGUUACUUAUGCAAUGCUGUCUGCUGAUAGCAUCCAAGGUUGCAUUUGCAUUUCUGCAUCCUCCUCCCUUUCAAGUGGGGACCUGAGAUCAUCCUCUCCUGAUUGCAGUGGGGAGCUGAGCCCUGCCAGCAGUGAGGCUUAAAGCUGAUGUCUGAAUCUGUACCAAAAGUUGGGGCAUAAGAUGCCAACAUGCAGAGUGCCCCGAGCCUGCUGGCUGCUUGGGUCUCUUGAUGUGUGUGAAUGGGGUUUUCAGAGCACUUGUCUGCUGGGAUGAACUUCACAGUGGGAGUUCAGUUUGUGCCCAGCUGAACACGGGUUGUGGUUCCUCUCCUUGUACCAGAUGGGCCAGGAAAUCUCGCUCCCAUGUCAGGAUUAGCUCUGUUGAACAUACCCCCAAAAAUGUGCCAGGAUCUUUCUUACAUACCCAUCCCAUCCCAGCGCUUCAAAGCCAUUCAGCUCAGUUUGGCCUUCUGAAGUGCUGAACAACUUGCACUUCAGAUGUGGGGCUACUUUCCCAGAAAUGUAGAGACAGGGGGUUACUGGCUCUGCCAUGCUGUACUGAAAUUUGAAGGGUUAAACAGGCUCAGGGUGCCACAUCCUGCCCCCGCUGUGGGCUAGAGCAGCCGUGUGGUGCCCGUGGGCUCUUGGGGCUGCAGGUGCAUGUGCCUGUGUUGGGCUUUGGCUGCAGCGGGCCACCACAUAGCUGAUCCAUGUUAUUCCUUUCAUUUAGCUGUAGCAGUCAAUCAAACCAUAGGCAUCUGCUGCUAUUACAGAUGAAUGCUUCUUGCCAGGGCUGUAAGAUAGGCUACUCAACGACACUGGAUAUUAUUUACCAACAGAUUUGUAAAUAGGAAUCAGUAAAGCAGCCUCUCCUCUGUUAUAAUAAUAAAUGCAAUCUCCGUG